CCUAAUCACCGUACUUAUCUCCGCCAGGCUUGUGCUCGAGCUCCGCGCGUUUUGCAUUCGCUUCCCCACUCAGACACAAGGCUUCGCCCUCGAUCGCAUAAUGGGCGGCGGCAGCCGGAUGCGCGCGCGCCGCGCCCAGGAGCGACAGGCCGCGUCGAGCGGAGCUGCGGCGGCACCUCCACAGAUGGAGGGCCUGCCGCACACGGCAGCCGCUCCAGCGGCCGCCAAUCCGGGGGCCGCCACGGCUCUGGGCGGUGGCGGCGGCCGCGGCGGCUUCGAAGGUCUCUGGGCGACUUUCGUCCCUGAUUUUCUGUCCUUCCUCGACGUUGAGUUUGCGCGGCUGGCCGCGUUGCGCGCUGCUCACGGCGGCGACAUCGUCCCCUUCCACGCGGGCUUGGUUUUCGCCGGCGAGUUGGCCGGCAGGCUUUCCGACGCGUGGGGAGACCACUGCGCGGGCGGGCCGUGCCGCGUGGGCAAGUUCGUCGAGCGUGUCGCGGUCCUCCUGCCGCGCACGGUGGCCCCGUCUCACGUCCGAGGGAAGAUCUUGGAGGGCGCGUGCGCCCUCGAAGUUCUCAUGGCAGAGGAUCUCGUGGUGGCGCCCCAGCGCCUCCGGGGCGCGCCCCCCUCCGGCCAGGGCCAGUUAGUCCAUCGCGACGCCGCCCGCAUGGGCGUGGUGCUGAGGACGCGCCUCCUGCCGCCCCGGGCAGGAGGCCAGGGGCAGGAGGCCAGGCCUGGCAAGCUCGUCGCGUCAGUUGUGUAUCUUCCAGGGGUGGGCGCCUUCCCGGCGGACCUCUAUGCAGCCGCCGGGAAGAGCGUCGUGGCCCACGUCGGGCCGGCCACGGCGGAGAGACUGCCGCAAUCCGCUCGGGUGCUCUUCGCGCUACGGAAUGGAUGGAAGAGAGAGAGAGGGGUGGCGCGCGUGAGCGUGGCGGAGAUGUGGCCUGUGCCGCCCGGGUAGGCGAAGCCCGGGGCGCCAGAUGCCGUUCCGUCUCUCGGGGAGGGGGGGGUGCACGUAGAGAAGCGG